AUGGAAUCUGAAGAAGCCUCUAACGAUAGAGGUGAUUAUAUGAGCUCUGAGGGUACAGUUGAAGAUACUCAUGCAGAGAAUUCGGAGACUGAAGUUGAUAAACAAUCUCGUAGUCAAGCUGAUGAAAACAGUGACCUCUUACCAGAUGCGAAGUUACCCCAGGAACCGCUUAAUGACCAGGAACGGCAUUUACUGUACGAAAAAGGAAUCAAGUAAGCUCUAAAAAUACUUUGCAAUUCAGGCUGUGGACGAACGUAUGAGUUCAUAAAAUGUGUUUCUUUUUCUCAGUUAUUCAGUUGUGAUGAGUUUCAAAGUUUUUGCAAACUUCAAAGCUAAAAACACAGUCUGAUCUGUAAUCAUAUGUGAAUGACCCACGUAAAAUUUAUGAUAUCAUAUUUGUUUGUCUUUCUCUUCAUCUUUUCUUGUGUUUUUCUCUCAACCUGCGCUUCUUUUCACAUCCUUGUAAUAGUCUGUCAGGCAGUCAGUCAAUUAAAUUAAGCAGGCUGUCAGUCGGGUAGUUAAUGAAGUCGGGCAAUCAAGCAUUCAUUCAUUCAUUCAGUCAGUAAGUCAGGGUAAUUUAGUAAUUUUAACGGAGUUGAUAUUGUAAAUUGGCCACUGUAAAGAGUUUCAAAGCUGAUGUUUUGAGUCUUAGCCCUCCAUCAGAGUCAAUCAUGAUGAAGGGCUUAAAUGCGCGAAAUGUCAACUUUGAAACUCUUUAUACUGGUCAAUUUACUUAAUCAACUCAGCUAAUAAUAGCAAAUUACCUUGUUUUGCUCUCUUUCUAAUGCAGCACCACAGUUUUUUUAGAAAUUUAUCCACUUUAAUCAGUCAGUCUGUCUGACAGUCAGUCAUUCAGUCAGUCAGACAGCCUGUCAAUCAUUCAGUCAGUUAGUCAGUCAGUUUGUCAACCAGAGUCAGUCAGUGGUCAGUGAUUAGUUGUAUUAUCAAUUGCUUAAUAAUGCUGCAGCACUAUACUGAAAUACUUUUUACAGAGAGGUGAAAUUGAUUGGCUGUCAUAGUGUAUGUAUCCAAGUUAUCAAUACCUAGCAAACAACUAUAACAAAUUUCAAACUGUUUUCAUUUCACUAAUUAAAUUUUUAUUUAAUUUUUUUCAGAUUCAAGGUGGGUAGAUGACAUUUUUCAUUUGUGGUGAGACAAUUUAUUUCUCUUUGAAAUUUUGAUUAGAAUUGGUUUUUCUGACAUAAUUAAAUUAUUAAUGAUAUUUCCAUCCCAUAAACAGAAGAAGGGUAAUUUGAGACAUGCUCUGUACUGUCUGUUGGCCUGUGUGCGAGGGUUGAAAGAUGGAUCUCACUUUCAACAACUUCCUGAAUGCCUUCACAAUGUGAGUGUGUGUGAUCCUAUUCCAUACCAAAUUUCUAGAUAAAUUUAGAAAGUUCCAUUACUGACAAAUAUAAAAACUAGAAGUUAAAGAUGCAUUUGAAACUCAUGGUUGCACAAAGGAAAAGCUUUCAUAAGUACUGUAACCUUCAUUUGCAUGUUAUGGCAAAUGUUUCAUUGAAUAAUUAUGGACUGGCUAUUUUUUUCAGAAUGAAAUCUAAUUGUUGUCUCCCAUUUGAUACCUUUUUCUGUAAAUAUAUUGUCCUUCUUGAAGUGUUUUUUGUUAGCUUUUUGUUUCUUUUUUACUGUUUUCUCCUAUUUACACUCUCCUUUACUUUUUGUGACUAAUUACUUCUCAAUAUAACAGACAAUAUCUGUUGCUAUGUAGUACGCAUGUAUUUUUUCAGUGAUUUGUAAAGCUCAUGAUUGUAAAAUUAGAUGUUUCAUACCCUUUGUUUCAUUUGAUUACCAAUCCAACAAACAAUUAACAAGAUAGAACAUUAAGUGUGGAAAGUAUUCUAAGAUUGCAUUGGUUUUGCUUAACUUUGCUCCGUGAUUUGUGAAGAAAACUUGCCCCACUCUCUCAGCCAAUCAGAUGGAAAACUAAAACCAAUGAUAACUUGGUUGCCUGCAUUUUCCAGUACUUUAGGCAGUUUGGUUGUUUCUCUUUGAGUUCUAAAAGACUCUUAACCCAUUAACUUCCAGAAGUGAUUCACAUGUAACUUCUCCCUACAAUAUUCAUCCAUUAUCCAUCAAACAAGUAAUGAGAAUAUUCAAAUGUAUCAGGUAAAAGUUGUUAUCUUGAUCUAACACCAAAUUCUUGCAACUAAUUUACAAGGAAACGUUGAGCUGCUAGAAGGAAGAAUUAACAACCAGAUCUUGGGAGUUAAAGGGUUAAUGGUUUUUCUCUAUUCUUCUGAUUGGUUUUUGGGAUUACGUUGGUUUUGAUUUAAGACUUAAGAUUUAAGAGUGAUAAGCGCUCUAACAUUAACAGCACUGGUUGUCUACAAAUGCUCAGAGUUGUUUUAUGAAACAUUGUUUUGAAUAUCCCAAAUAUAUAUAUCAUAAUCUGAAUUAUUUUAUAUUUUGGCAGAUAGCAGAUAUCUACAGCCAGCUUGGAGACUGUAUCUUUUAAUUAUCACACCCUGGUUGUUUGAAAGGUGGGUAGCACUGUCCAUUGGAUAAAUCUUUCUCCAGUGGAUAUUUCAAAUCAUUUCAUCACAAGUAACCAUUUAUCUGCUGGAUGAUGAUUUAUCUGUUGGAUUGAGUUAUCCACCUAUGAACAACUACACCUAGAAAUGAAACAGUGUAGCAAAUGAGCAUAAUGAUGUUAAGGUGUGAAGGUUAAAAGAGGAAAACAUAGACAUGGCUUUUUGUAUCUUCAAACCUUCAAUCAUUUUGGUUUCAUGUACUUAUUAAGAAAAAUUGCAAAGUUGUGAAUGUUGCCAGGGGUGAUAAUUUUGGUUAUCAUGCAGAAUGCACUUCUACCUCAUCUGGAUAUCCUUGUUGCAGUAACUUGGACUGCAGAGACAGAGAACUUAAACCCUAAAACUCCUUCACCCAUUUUUCAUGUCGUCAUGAAGAAUUUACAAAUUUUAUGUAACUAUGUGAACCCUUAAUUUUAUGAAGAUGAAAAUGCUGUUUCAUUUGCCCAGGCAGAAAAACUUUAUUAUGAAACAUCUCUGAUAAGUGCUGGUAGCAUGGUACAGCAAGAACAGGAUGGAUCAGGUGAGUGGGGAGCAUCAGAUACUGAUGAUCCUAGAGUGGAUCUAAGGCUGCUUACGAGACUGACUCCCAUAGCUGUAGGAAGUACAGUAGAACCUGCUAAUUUGAACUUAGUUAAGUCCAACUCCCUGCUAACUCGGGGAAAAGGUGAUUUCCCCUGAAUUUUAUCCCAUUUUUCUGUCAUUUAUUAUCUACCAGUAAACUUGAACUCAGUGAAGUCUAACUUCCCAUUAACUUGAACCAAUUUACUUUCCCUUGGCUCAAAUUUACCCUCAGGCUGAUUACGUGAACUUUAAAUAAAAAAGUUAGUCAAUAAAUGUCAAUAUGUCAGAACAUAGCAGUUUGACAAGUCCCAGUCUUUAUAUCAUGAUUGAUAUAAACAUAACUACAUGUAUGAAAAUGUAGAAAUUCAAUACAAAUCCCAAUAACUGGAUCCCCCACUAACCUAAACCAUUUUCUUUUCCUUGGGGGUUUGAGUUAGUGGAGUUGUAGUGAAGCCAUGUUUGCGGUAGAUAAAGCAAUUAGGUGUUAUGCAACUCUGUUUGUAUGAGAUGCUACAGCAUUGAACCUCAGUAUUUCUGUCAGGUUUUCCAGACUGUUUGCUGCCACCUACUUAUACUUUUGUAGAGAGAGGGCACCAAGAGAUUAAAGUAGAUGUAGAUGGCAGCCAGAAGUUAAAGGUUCUCAUUCUUGGUGCCCACUGCAUCUUUUUUAUUGGGAGAGUUUGGUUCAAAAUAUUAAAGUGAUGACCUUUAUAUCCAGUACGUUGGUGUGAAAGCACUCCAGAGUUAGUUUUAUUUUUCUUCCGGUCACUGUCCACAUCUCAGAAACAACUCAUACCACAGUAUGAACUCAGUUCAAUGUAUUAAUAGCCAUGUUUAUGAUAUAACAGAUAGUGUUGGCAGUACAUCACCAUCUGACCAGACCACAGGAAACACAACAAGGACCACAGAAGCUCAGGUUGGCAUCCAUUUUUGUUUUUGCAAUGUGUUCUUCUCACUUACCAAUAACAUAACUGUGGAUACCUAGAAAGCAAACUAUAGACAGAAAUCAUAUUUUCAACAUUCAUAGGAGAAUUGAUCUAUAUGUUCUUCCAGAUACUUGUAGUGUUCUUUUUAUGAGAAACUUCAGUGAUCUGUACAAACUGGCAUAAUUUGGCAGAUGUCAGCUUUUGUCUGUUUCCUAUCUACCUUUAGUCUGCAACCCUUUAACCCCCAAGAGUGAUAAGCAUCCAAUUUCUCCCUUCAGUAUCAACCUGAUUGAAGCAUUAAGGUCUUGAGAUUAAAGGAAAUGAUCACAAACUCAAGAAGUGUAUGAUUGUUUGACAAGAGAGAACAUUAUGGAGAACUUGAUUACUGAUGUUAGUGUGUAAAAGUUUUAAGUACUUCUCUUGGUUGAUAACCUGUGUAACUGACUUUAGAAAAUAUAGUGAAUCUUAAUAAACUGAAAACCUUAACUUUGUUUGAUCUUAGCAUGCUGUCAAAGAUGAUCCAAAGGAACAAUCAGCUGAAGCCCGAUCAGCUAAUGAAUAUGAGAAACUUGCACACAUGUGCCUCAAGCAAAAAGAGUAAGUCUCUUCAGAAGUCUUGAAUGGUAAUUUUAUAAAUGGUUAUAUUAUUUAGCAAAACAAGUCUUGAAAUAAACACAGGAUAGUCUUAUUGUGAGCCAAAGCCUUAGAUUUAGCACCCAGUAUCACAAGUAGUAAGCCCAACCUUAAACUUUGCUUUAGCUUAGCCUGUUUAGAAGUGAUGCACAUGACACUAUUCUUGAAAAACCAUCCCCUAGUAUCUGUGCUAUACAAAAGUUUUCUCCAGUUUAUGAUAUACAAGUAACUGAACUCUGACUGUGAAUAUAUGAAAAUCAUAUAUGUGAACUGCUGAUAAAGACGUGAAUACUACAGUGACAAGCAUACUUCUUGCUCCCUUCUAUAAAUUUCAUUAUCCUUUGAGAUUUUCCCUUCUUGGUCAGGUGAUGCCCACCUGAAUUAAGUACCAAGUUUUUACACCCCUCCCCCCUUCCCCCUCUCGCAAUCCCAUCUUUUUAAAAGCCAUAGCCCUUCCCCCUCCCCCAAUCCCAUCUUUUUAAAAGCCAUAGCCCUUCCCCCUCCCCCAAUCCCAUCUUUUUAAAAGCCAUAGCCCUUCCCCCUCCCCCAAUCCAAUCUUUUUAAAAGCCAUAGCCCUUCCCCCUUCCCCAAUCCCAUCUUUUUAAAAGCCAUAGCCCUUCCCCCCCCCAUCCCAUCUUUUUAAAAGCCAUAGUGCAGCAUGAAUUAGACCUAAAUUAUUUUUGUAAUAUGACAGGUACAUAUUUCUUAUCAUGAGCUGAGGGGAAACCUUAAUGUUGUAUAGGGCAGUGAUGUGUGGUGAAUUUUCAGGGCUCUGCUGUUAAAUUAUUCAGUCAACAGUGUCUCUCUCUGAUCAGUUGUUGAUGUCUGCAAUAUGAACCAGUAGACUCCAAGGAAGAAAAAAUCCAGAAGGGUCCAAUAUUGAUAUUAACAUGUUGACAUGCAUGUUUUGUGUCUUCUCUUGCAGUGCUCAGCUGGCACUAGAAUAUUGUGGCAAGGUAAGGUAUAACAUAGGUGAUAUUUUUGAGAAUCUUUUGGCUAGCAGUGGCAAGUGUGAGGUGAGCAUGAAGAGUAAGUCAUGUGAGAGAGGACGUCAACCUUGUACGUGUGACUCCUUUUGCGCAUGCGUCCACCUGAUUGAGAAACACAAUAAAGUCACCCCAGUUGUGCAGGCUAUUUUGUAGUUUUGGUUGUUUGAUUAAAAGAGAAUUGUAAACCUCUUCAUGUGCGCAGAAUGGAAAGCUCUACUCGGCCUGAGCAUAUUAACAAAAAAUCAUCUAUGAUUUUUGCUUUAAGGCCGUCGGUUAUAAUUUUAAUAAAAGAAACUACAGGAUCGUUCAGUUAAAAAACUGACAGAAGUGAUAUUCAUCUUGUUAUCAUGCAUUGAUUUCGUUAAAUUCUUAAGGAUGGGUAUCAGUUCGCAUCAACUUUCGGCAACGAAGAGUAGCUGAGUUUCACUUGUAAUUAUCCGAUUUCAUUUGAGGUUUUGAUCUUAACUUUCCUUCAGGCCGUUAAAUUACGUCAGUCUAUUUACGGAGAGGAACAUCCCGUAACAAAAAAGACACUUGAUCUUUUUACCAUCAUAUAUGCUGAGAUGGGAAAGGAACAAUACACAGGUGCGACUCAGUACUCCAAUCAGAGAUAGAAGAAGUUGUUCAUCUUUUACUGGCACUUGACAAGACUAAAAGAUCUAAUCCCCGUAAAGUAACUCUGCCCAAGUUAUUUUUCGAUCAAUUUUUUUUGGAGAUGCCUAUUAUCGUCGGACUUUGGUUUCGGGGAGUGAGGCCUUUUUGUGCUAUUCAUGUUGUCACUCUAAGUUACCUUUGUUUGACCAAAAGCACCUUUAUAAGAAUUCCAAAGCGAUUAACCGUUGGUACUAGAAUCCAGCGAUCUACUAUGCUAAAUGAAAUGAUGAAGAAGUGCACUCCAUGUCGUCCCUUAGAACCUUUCAUCGAUUUUUUUGUUUGUUUGAUAGCUCGUUGUAACUUGAAAACUCUUAAUUUUUCUCAGUUAGUUCAAGAUUUUACUCGACUGUAAGGGUUACCUUAUUUUCUUGGAUAUGGGUGUUCCGCUAGAGCUCCGCCAUUACUUUUCGAGAUACAAAAACCAAAAGGCAAAGAUGGUGGCCAGGGAACGAAGAAGACCGAGAAAGAUUGCAGGUGGCGAAUAUAAGAAUAAGUGAAUAAAUAACAGCUACAUUGACGCAUAUCUCUUUUUAAUUCAUGUCCUCUUCAUCUGUUAUUCUCUUAUCACAGCUGCCAUGCAGAAAUUCAACGAAGCUAAACAGGCCACUGAUGCAACUGCUGAGGAAGAAGAAAAGACUGCAGAAACUGCUGAGGCUAAAAAAGAUGACCUCGCUGAGAACAAUGAAACAUCGGUAGAUGAAACGUCAACCUCUGCUGAAGAGUUACAUGAUAGAGGACAAGGCACAGUCACGCCUGCAGCUAAAGGUGGCGGUACUCAUUGACGUUUCUUAAAUCUUUAAUAAAGGACUCCUAGGUCGACAUACAUAUACUACUACGUGGAACUAAUAUUGAAUUAAAAUCUAAGUUUACAAUUGUGAUGGAUCAUAAGUCCCAACCAACAAAAUGCAUGUAUAAUUCAGCUUAUCAUAUGAAUAAAAUGAAUUCCUCUUUUUGUUCUCCAUACAGACGAAAAAGUCAGUCUCUCUCCCGGUCAGGCAAUGUUCUUUUUCUUUCUGAUCACGGCUGCUGUAGCUGUUUGUGUGACACUGUUUGUCUGUCACAUAAGCGGUACGGAUCCAGGUACAACGUUCAAGUACAUAAUGACAAGGCUGAGGUUUUACUAUUACUAUUACGUCAGACGAGCUCCUGCGGGAAACAGUUACUUCUGAUAUGCGAGAGACGCGAUAUAUCGUAACACUUUGGUCAUGUUUGAUGACUAAAUGGAGACGACGAGGGCGCUAGAUGGUCAGAAUAUCGCCCAAUCAGCAAUUUACCAUUGCUAGUAGUUUGACUACCCUACUCUCUCUCUCUCUGUCUCUCUCUCUCUCUUCUUACACCUGCUUCUUACUUAUGCAUUCCGUUUGCCCUCUUGUAUAAAUUCCCUAGGAUACUUUUUCCCACAUGUUGCUUAAAUUAACUGUUGAGAGGAAUAAAUAGAGCAGAUGGAUGUCAUGGACAUUUUUAAACCAGAGGCUGGUAUCUUGUGUUUAGUUUCAUUGAAGUGUAUCUUGUGUUUAGUUUCAUUGAGGUGUAUUUCUAUUCAGUCGCGCUAUGAAAAAAGUUUAAGGUAAAACUCAUGCCAUACGUUAGGCCAAUUUUUAUCGUAACUUGGCGACAGCCCUUUUUGCGCAUUGGUGGAGUUGGCAAUUUGGCCGGCCACAUGUUUCAUUUGGCUUUUUACUCAUGCUAUGGAAGUAAGUGAAAACAUCAGAUCCUGGAAACGAGAUAUUUCAUUUAAAAAAAUUUUUCUUGGGAAUUUUAAUCCUCGCCUGAAAACUGGCAAAAUUGACGCCUGUUUUUCCAGGCAAAAUGGACUCCGGCUGGUAUGUCCAAGGGAGGAAACUUUGCGGCAUAUGAUUCUUUAUUUCCCGAUCCUAUGGAGGAAUCUCUGUAGUCUUGGGAUGACCUUUACAUAUAGGGCCCAUUUACAUGGUGUCGGGUAUCCGAGGCAACCCUCCCUCUAAGUCAUCCUGGCUGGGGUUACUUUCCCUCAUGUCUUUGAAAAAUUCAAUGAACCGUUUACAUGAACCCGGGGACGAGACAAUUCGGGAGGGUGGGAUGUCCCGCCUUAGCUGGUAGGCCCAUAUGAACGUGUUGGUUCGCCUGCUCGAGACGGGACGGCUCAAAUUAUUUCCGGAGCCCGUGUGUUUUAGGUCUGCGGAGACCAUUUUGAGUAACACUGUUGCACCCUGCCUAGCUGUCACGAGAGAGGUUGGUGAGGAGACAGCUGUUACAACCCACAACUCCACAUAAACGCUCCGUAGGGUUGUCUAGAGGGGGAGGGUUAUCUCCUGAAGGCUACCUGAGACGAUAUCAGUAAGGCCUCUUUUGCUCUGUCUAGUCGUUUCUUGCCUUACUUCUCUUCGUUAUUUUGUUAUUCAUGGAAUAUUUUAUUGAUUAUAGUAUCAAUUGAUUGCAAAUCAACCUAGGUACGUUUUGAAAUUGAUUUUCAGCCAUUACUCUUGUAAGACAGAGAAUGGAAACAUAAAUAGUAGCGGUGUAAAAGAGGAACUUUAUUUUUUGUGUUGCGGUUGUGAGAAAUCUGAUUUCUGUCGAGACUUAUCGAAAAAAUGACUUUUAAUGCUUCUGUUAAGCAACACAGAAAUCCUGAUAAAUUAUUGAUUACUUAGAGUGCUUUCAAAUAUCGAUGAAUUAUUGAUCCCUGAGAGCUUUUGCAAUAGUAAUAAUAUAUUGAUUCCUCCGAGAGUUCUUUAAACAACCUCCUUUUAAAGUAAAUUGACGCAGCGAUGCUGUUUUUAGUGUAAAGUGAUCUAAGUCUAAUUAAGUUAAUUGAUACGUAUUCGAAACCUUUCAUCCGAUAUUCAAAAUCGUGAACAGAGAGGCUUCUAACUGAGAUCAAAACUUUUUAUUACCAAAACCUUUAAUUUCUUUAACUGUUUUCACUAAUAACACGGGACCCUUUAAUAAGCUCAC